CUUCUCCUCCUCCUCCUCCUGGGGUGCCCUGCUGGUGUGUCUGCCUUGCCUUGCCUUGCCGACAAGAGCGAGGGAGGGGGGCAGUAAGGCGAGGCAGAGCCCCUCAGCUCCUUCCUCCGGAGGGGCUGCCUGCCUCCCUCCUUUCCCCGCCGCCGCCUCCUGGCCGAGAAAGGAGCCCAAGCCCGGGACUCGGGGGGCAUGCCAUCUCGCCUCCCGGACCAAUGUUUCACUGGAGCAAGUGGAAGAAGAGGAUGGGCGCCAGCACCUCCUUCUCCUCCUCUUCCAAGAGACCCGUCUUCGACGAGAAGGAGGAUGUGAAUUUUGACCACUUCCAGAUACUUCGUGCAAUUGGGAAAGGAAGCUUUGGCAAGGUGUGCAUUGUACAAAAGAGAGAUACAGAGAAGAUGUAUGCCAUGAAGUACAUGAAUAAGCAGCAGUGCAUUGAAAGAGAUGAGGUUCGGAAUGUCUUCAGAGAACUGGAAAUCCUGCAGGAGAUUGAGCAUGUCUUCUUAGUGAAUCUUUGGUACUCCUUUCAGGAUGAAGAAGACAUGUUUAUGGUGGUGGAUUUACUCCUGGGUGGUGACCUACGUUAUCAUCUCCAGCAAAAUGUGCAGUUUACUGAGGAAACAGUGAAAUUGUAUAUCUGUGAGAUGGCAUCAGCUUUAGACUACCUGUGUAGUCAACAUAUCAUACACAGAGACGUGAAACCAGACAACAUUCUCCUUGAUGAACAAGGACAUGCACACCUGACAGAUUUUAAUAUUGCAACAAUUGUCAGAGAUGGUGAAAGAGCAACUGCUUUAGCUGGAACUAAGCCAUAUAUGGCUCCAGAGAUCUUUCAUUCCUUUCUGAAUGGUGGAUCUGGUUACUCUUUUGAAGUUGAUUGGUGGUCACUGGGAGUGAUGGCGUAUGAGCUUCUUCGUGGAUGGAGGCCUUAUGAUAUCCACUCCAAUAGCCCAGUGGAAUCUUUAGUCCAGUUGUUCAGCACUGUCAGCGUCCAGUACACAACAGGAUGGUCAAAAGACAUGGUGGCAUUACUGAGAAAGCUUUUGACUGUCAAUCCUGAGCAUCGGUUUUCAAGCCUAGCUAACAUCCAGACUUCCUCCUACUUAUCCAAUGUGGAUUGGGAUGAAAUCUGCGAAAAGAAAGUAGAGCCAGGUUUUGUUCCUAACAAAGGCCGCCUGCAUUGCGACCCCACCUUUGAGCUAGAAGAAAUGAUCCUGGAGUCACGGCCACUGCACAAGAAGAAGAAGAGACUUGCAAAGAAUAAAUCUAGGGAUAACAGCAAGGACAGCUCACAAUCAGAAAAUGACUACCUCCAGGACUGCCUUGAAGCAAUUCAGCAAGACUUUGUAAUUUUUAACAGAGAGAAGUUGAAGAAGAGUCAGGAUCAAAUGAAUGAGUCAAUUUCUCCUCCGGAAACCACAGAUGAAACUGAGACUGAAACAGAAUCUGAAAAUUCCAACCUGAAUAUGUGUAGCUCAGUAUGUUCUUCCACAGGCAGCAGCUAGGACUACUGGGAUGAGGCAACAGGGCCAAAAGCUUGCACAUUUCUUGAAUAAAUCAUUCUCAGGUUGCACUGACAUGCAGAUGACAGUACAUUAAGUACUUUAGUUGAGAUUUGAAAAAAUAAAAGAAGGGAGUCACACAAAACAACACUGUAGAGCCACAGCAGAGGAAGAUAGUUCUGAUAGAACUCAUGGAUUAAAAAGAUAGCCUGUUAUUACCUGAUACUUUGCUAUGCAACACACUGGCAAAAACCGUUCCUUUCUUUGCCCUUUUCUUUUCACAGGGACAGAUGGUGACCUGAAGUAUAUUUUUCAAGUAGUAAAGGUGGGAGACCAGACCCCAAGUUUAGGUCCAAGAGAGUACAGAUCCCAAGCAUGCAAAAUGGGAUGGCAUGGGAAGGAAAGAGUGCAAAGACAAUUGAAAACUCACUUUCUGUCCUGAUACUCCAGCUGAUGCAUGUAAGAUUGUCUCUUGGUACCUUCAGAACAUCUGAGGGUUCUUGCAGAGCAUGGCAGCUGUAGGGAGAGGUCGAGUGACAUCUUGACGAUGCUUGAUUUUCCACGAGUCUAGUUUCAGUGUUAUGGAAGGCUUUCCAAGGCAUUUGCAUAUGUAGGGCCAAAUUCACUGGGUUUUUGCACUUGAAACUUUAAAAUGGUCUAAACAGAACAAGGGAGGAUGUUUUUUAAACGGACCAAAACUUGUCUCAAAGUUAUUCUUCUUUGCAAGGAACUGAGUGGGUUACAAGCAUGUGCAUAGAAACAAGUGUUUUCUUCAUUCAUAUCAAAGGAGCAGGGCACAAAGUUGCCUGAACUGAGAUAGGAUACUUAGAUAAUGAUGCCCUAAUUUUGGCAGAAGUGAUACCUUGAUGUUUCUCUCUGUUUACCUUGUUUUAAGUGUAAUUUAAAGUAUUGUAUAUAAAUUUCUAGCAUUUGUCUACUCAUGAGGAUCGGAAAAACCAGAUGUUUGCUCCAGCUGUGGAUAUUGCCUUUUAUAAUUGUUUCCCUCUUUGGCUGCUGUCCUAUACACACUUACCAGAGUAUAAGUUCCACUGAACUUAAUGGGGCUUACUUUUGAGUAGAUAUGCAUAGGAUACCAUUGGUAAUGGCUUACUUUGCUGUAGAGUGGUGUUAGGUCACUAUUAAAAUGCUUAGAACUCUCAAUUCUAGGAUAGUGAAUAUAUGUGUUGUACAUAAAGCUUGUAAUUGUUUUCAGUCAAACUUUGUUAUCAAGUGUCUAAAAGAUUGUCCUGUUUUCAUUAGAGUUGUGUUUUUCCUGAUGGAAAAUGGAGUUAGCAUGCUUUUAGAGUCAAGAUAUUUUUUUCUGCUCUCCUUUUGGAAUUGGAAUUCCUGCUACAAGUGUGCCAGGCUUGACUUAUGGUCAGCCUGAAAGCAGGAGUCUUUACAACCUUAUUUUUGAAGCUACAACUACCUCUGUAGCUGUGCUGUAUCAAAAUCCUUUCUAUGUCUCUGUUGCUACAGAGCAGCAAGAGUAUAGAAUUCCUCCCAACUCUUCAUACCAACCCACACAACAAAUGGCAUGACAAGUCUAUCACAAUUUUAUAUGGGCAACAACCAAAACAUGUUUACCUUUCCACAGUUUUAUGUGGAUGCUGGUAAAAAAUAUAGUGUAUGAACAAAAUUUCAUACGAAAUACUACAAAAGACAUUCAGGUGUGCUGGGCACAAUGUGUUGGGCACAAAGAUGCCAAAGGUUUCCUAUUAAUUGCUCCAUUGUUAGGAGGCUGUAGCCAGAUAACCGGUAUGUCAAUUCUACAGUUCAGCUGUAGAAUUUGUUCAGUUUUGGUAGUGUUGCAAGUGUCAUUUCCUUGGGCUUGUAGCGGAGUAGCUCUCAAGCAGACAUAAGACUGUUUCAGGUUGCGCUAUGCCAGCAGCCAUCCUAGCGCAGCACAAAAAAAAACAAACCCUAAUGUUCACUGCAGGCCUAGCCAACCAUGCCAGCAGAAAUGUUUAUAGAGUCAGAGUGCCAACAUAGAUAGUCAGCUGGUCACAGAACACACUGUUCAGCUGCAUUAGCACAAGAGACUAUACAUUAAACACAGUACAGCUUUAAUCCCAAACUUAAGUAUGGUUUGGCAAUUGUAUUUCCUAUUUACCUGCAGGGACAGAUUCAUCAAACACAAAUUUAAAAUGUAGAAUUUUCAAUAGCUAUUUCCAAGGAGUGUUUUGGAAAGAAUGUUCUAUAUAGCUAGCAUUGUGUUGAGUGUUCUACCUAGAUUUAGACACAAUGGCUAUCAUCUUACAAUUUUGUCUCCCUUGGUAGCUGUAGUUAUUGGUGAACAGAGAACCCAGGGAUUUUUUUAAGGGGGAAAAAACCUAAUUAACUAGUUUACAACUGCAUUGUUUAGCUAAGCAAAGAUACAGAACCUGACCCAUCUACAAUCUAUUGAUUUUGAUGGGAUAGUUAAGUCUGUGAGUUUUCAGAAUAUGUCACCACUUUGCCAGAAGCAAAUUCUGUCAUUGGAACAUGGGCCAGUCCUUCCAUUUCCACCUUGAAGCUGUUAAUGAAAUCUUGAAUCCUUUUGGUUAAUCCCAACUAGAGUAGACACACAGAAUCAGUUGUUGAAAAGUAAAUCAGCACAUCAGUAAAUAUCAUUGAAUUCAAUAGGUCUGAUCUGGUUGGAAAUAUUGCCCAACCCAAGCCAUUCUUCUCUCCUGACAAUGACAGAUUUGUGCUUGCUCUGUUUUCACAUAACAUUAUCAAGCAGAUGGGAGGCAGUCCUUUUGACAAUGCUUGGGGAUGUAUGAUUUAAAUGGCAGAUGCUUGACACUGAUUUAUAGCACUGCCACCAUCAGUAAUUCCACCAGAGGACACCUAUAUAGGAAGAGACGCAUCCAAGAACAUGACUUCCUUUCCUGCAGGCAAGUAGCAAACAUCUGCUAGGCUGGCCACUUACUUAGACUGUAGGCAGUCAUAAGCCUUCUGGCAUCUACUUAUAUGCUUAUCUCGUGAUGGUUGUAAGCAUGUGAGUAUGGCCUUUUACAUCCAUUUGAGUUUAAUUUCAUUACUACAACUUCUCCACUGCCAGGACAAAAGGUAUACCUUACAUUUAUACAGUUAUAACCAUGUCAUUGAAAGUGCACAAUGACUGCCUUUCUGAUGUUUGGGUACCAAAAAAAAAUGUUACAUAGGUAUCACCAGGCUUGUUGUGGCUGAAUUCACCUUCCAUCUUUAACUUAAGUGAUGACUGGAAUGGUGCUUUGUCACCUAUUUCAAUUCCGUAAAGCCAAAAUUACUCAUGAAACUAGCUAUUUUCUUUCUGUUUCCCUUACAUUGUUCACCAAUACUGCAUUCCAGUGGUAUUCCAUAGCACCCAGGCCUUUUAGAUUCUAGGGUUUGAUACACAGUCUUUAGAUGAGGAAUUUAUGGAUUUUUGAACCCUGUUCCUAUCGACUUUACUUACAACUAGAGCUGUGUACUUUACUUUUCAUUGUAAUAUAUGGUAUUUGUGAGAUGUAAUCGCAGAGAUCUGUGGUUUUUAAGAAACAAUUUAAAAUAAAUGCUUAUAUUGAGCACAACA